AUGGAGGAUUCAGAAAAAAGGUUAAGACAUUAUAGUAGUAAACACGAAAUCCUUCUCGUUGGAGAAGGAGACUUCUCUUUCUCAUUAUGUCUAGCUUCAGCUUUUGGCUCGGCCACAAACAUCACAGCGACAUCUCUCGAUUCCGAAGAUGAACUGUGCACAAAGUAUAUGGAUGCGAUGGAUAAUGUAAGCAUAUUGAAGAGAUACGGGUGCAAUGUUCAGCACGAGGUUGACGUUCACACGAUGAGCUUCGAUAACAAUCUUGGCCUGCGACGCUUUGACCGCAUUGUCUUCAAUUUUCCACACGCAGGGUCUCGUUUCUUCGGCCGUGAAUCUUCCGAAACAGCCAUCGAGAGUCACCGAGUGCUAGUUCAAGGGUUUCUUGAGAACGCUAAAGAGAUGUUGAAAGAGAAUGGGGAGAUUCAUAUCACACACAAGACAACGUAUCCGUUUAGUGAUUGGAGGAUUAAGACUCUGGCUAAAAAAGAGGGUUUGAAGCUGGUUCAGGAGUCCGAGUUCGAGCUGAGUCAUUAUCCUGGUUAUACCAACAAGAGAGGGAGUAGUGGACGAAGACGGAAGAGUGAUGAUUACUUCCCUCUUGGAGAAUGUUCUACUCUCAUGUUUAAAUAA